AUGGAAUCUGAGGAAGAGACUACAGAUACAGAGGAAAGUGAAAGUUCUGUAGACAAAUUACUCCGAGAUAUAUUUGGAGACGAUGAUGUCAAUGAAAGGAUAAAUUCAGAAGAAGAAAAUACAGAGGGAGAAAAUGACACUGAUGAAUCAAUGUGGCAUAAGGUGAAAGAGGAUGAUGAGGAAAUUCAUCUCCUAAACGACAGGAGGUUUAUAGUCGGUGAAAGAGAAUUGCUAUAUCUGAUAGAAAGAACCACGUGUUCCGAGUGUGGAGAGCGCAUAGACAGUUCUACCAUUCAGGAGGGGGAGAAGGUUGCGGCUGGUGUAAAAUACCAGUACCUCUGCAUCAAUGCACACAAAAACAAAUGGAUUUCAACUCCAUUUUAUGGUGGAAAGAGUCUGGUGGCAUUGCUAAUACAACUGAUGGUGUUGUUAUCUGGGGCAUCUUGGAGUAAGUUUGCCGCUGGAGCCAAGUUUAUAAACUUAGUAACAGGCUGUUCCCGUGCAUUUUACCACCAUCAACUUCUGUAUAAGUUUGUCCUUUUAGAAUCGGACAGGUUUAAACAUAUACGCCACAGUUUGGAUAUUUGGCAUAAAGCUAAGAAACUUGCGUAUAUGUUGGGGGAUGCUGCAAAGAAAGCUGCCCAUCGGAGUUUAUUGCCAUGGAUCCGACCUACUGUAAACCACUUCUGGUAUUGUUGCAACACAUGCAGUGGGGAUGUCCAGAAACUUAUCAAAAAGUGGUUUAAAAUACUCCACCAUGUUACAAACGAGCAUGAGUGGUCAGGUGGCAGAUGUAAUCAUAGUAAAGACACAAAUGCAGGUGUUGAAAAGUGGAUUUCUAAAGAUUCAUCAACUUACAGAGAAUUCCGAAAAAUCGUUGUAAAUAAGGAGUUUACAGGAAAUUUCCAAUAUUACACGACCUGUAAGCAAACGUGGGCAAUCGAAAAUCUCUAUUUCCACACUCUCCUCCACUACUGUCAAAAACAAGUGUCAUUUGGAUUUGACUCCUGCGUCAUGAGGAACCAGCUUGCUGUCAUCGAUUACAACCACCAUCUGGACAGAGAGAUUCAGCAAGCGAGAGAUGGAACCAGCGUCCCUUUCGUCCAGUUCUCACGCAAAACAAAGCAGUUGGUUGCUUAUGAUAGACGAGUUGCUAAAAGUUAUACUUAUAUUCCUGAUCUCAUCGCUACUUGCAUUAGACAAACGUAUGGAGCCCGAAGAGAGGCAUACACAAAGAGCGCACAAGCCAAAAAAUUAGAUGGCAUUGCCACUAACCUUUCGGGAGAUAUUACGCCGUCAUCUAAAGAACUUUUAAACAGUAGAAAAAAAAGAAAAACUUGUGGCCUAGACCUAUCCGCCAGCUGUUGAUUUAGGGAAGGGACACCAUCUUCUCCUGUUGCAUUCCUCCUGCUAUUCUGGGCAUAGGGAUGAAACCUGCGUUGUUGAGGAUGCCCCUCUGCCUCCCUGAACUGGCAAUUUGCAUUUCUGCAGUUCGUACAUCCACUCCUCCUGCAUACGCAACUUUUGCAUUGCCCUCUAUUUUGACAUGCACAACAAUUUAUCUAAAAUACAAAAACUGUAUGUACAUGUUUUUACAGUAGAUUCUAACAAAUACUACUCCUCACGGAUUUUGAAAGACCUUCUGUAUGGGAAUGGAAGAAAUAAUUUACAUGUGUA